AUGAGUUCAACUCGUGAACUUCUUUCUUUUCUUAUAUUAGUUUGCUUCCUUACCGUGCUAGAUAUUUUAAGUUCACUAAUGUCUUCUGCUAACAAUAAACCAAAUCAAUCUCCUACUAUAACAACUACAACUAACAACAAUAAUAAUCCAUCAUCUCCAAUUGAAGGACCAAGUAGUAAUAAUAUACCUCAACAAACACAAGAGCUCACUAGUGAUGAAUUACUUACUUUACAUCAUUUAAGACAAUAUCCAGUAUUAACAUCAACCAAAAACGCCAUUGAAUUAAUUCCAUUAAGUAAAAGUGUAUUUUCACUUAUGGGUAAUUCAUUUUCUUUUGCUAGAAGUUAUCAACCUAUGAAAUAUGUAGUUGGUAAAAGUGAUAAUUUUACAAAUAGAAUACUUGACGAAGUAGACAAAUGGUUUCCAAGUUUACAAACAACUGAAAUUCAAGAUAUUACCGAUCCCAUUACAAAACCAGUUAGUAGUACUGUUGAAAGUGUUCAAAAAGGGAUUGUUACAGUUAAUGAUUCCGUCAACAAGAAUUUUGUCGAGCCGACAAAGAGUGCAUUGGGAACGGUUAAAGAGGAGUUUCAAAAUAAAGUAUAUGACUCUGAAGGUAAAGGUAUCAUUUCCAGUCAAGCUGAUCCAUUAAUUGGUCCAUUUAAUCAAACUUUAGAACAAUUUGUUGAAAAUCAUUUCCCAAAUAGUAAAAAAAUUCCUAAUGAAGGUCAUGCUAGUGAAAUUUCAAGAACUUUUAAAAUUGUUGGUAAUAUGAUGUCAAGAGGUGGCGAUAAUCUGAAAGAAAAAGAUAAACCCGAUAAUAAAUGA